CUCAAUCAAACUCUUCCCUUCCCAACAAUCUUUACUGGCCAGUGGGGACCUGUUUCAGGAAAUUUAUGCAAAAGUAGACAUUUUAUUCAUAUGAAAACUAAUGAAAAGACACAAAGAAAAUCAAUAAUGGAACCUUGAAUCAAUUAUUGAACUUUUCACUGUGCCUUUCAUAAUUCCCAAUACAUCAGCUACAGCUACUUAAGCACUUGCUACCACUGCAUUCUACUCACAGUUCUUCCUGUUUACUUCAACACUCCAAAAUUCAAUCUUCUUAUUUUUCAUCUCUUUCAUUGCUGAAAAAAUGGCUGAGGCCUUGCUUGGAUUUGUGUUAGAGAAUUUGUCAUCUCUGCUUCAAAAUGAAUUUUCCACCAUUUUCGGAAUCAAGUCAAAGGCUGAAAAGCUAUCAACCACCUUAGAUCUCAUCAAGGCUGUUCUUGAAGAUGCUGAGCAGAAACAAGUCACUGACCGCUCUGUUAAGGUAUGGCUGCAACAACUCAAAGAUGCUGUAUAUGUGCUAGAUGAUAUCCUUGAUGAAUGUUCCAUUCAAUCUACCCGGCUGAGGGGUAUCAAUCCAACGAAUUUAGUUUUUCGUCGUGACAUAGGCAAGAGGUUGAAAGAAAUUACAAGGAGAUUAGACGAUCUUGCUGAUAGUAAAAGCAAAUUUAUUCCUCGAGAGGGUAUUACUAUUAGGGAAAGCUCAAUUGAAGUACCUGAAUGGCGCCAAACCAGCUCUUUUAUCGCGGAACCUAAAGUUUUUGGACGAGAAGAUGAUAAAGAGAAGAUUGUUGAGUUUCUUCUCACCCAAGCGAAGGACUCUGACUCUCUUUCCAUCUAUCCCAUUGUUGGCUUAGGCGGUGUUGGAAAAACAACUCUUGCUCAAUUGGUCUACAAUGAUGUUAGGGUGACUGUCAAUUUUAAUACAAAAAUUUGGGUUUGCGUUUCUGAGGCAUUUUCGGUCAAGAGGAUUCUAUGUUCCAUUAUAGAAUCUAUCACAUCUGAGAAGUGUGAUUCUUUAUCUUUAGAUGCAAUACAACUAAAGGUGCAAGGUUUGUUGCAGGGUAAAAGAUACUUUCUAAUUUUAGAUGAUGUAUGGAACAAAACUCAACAAAUAGAGUCUGGAUUAAGCCAAGAGAAAUGGAAUAAGUUGAAAUCUGUGUUGUUGUGUGGAUCUAGAGGUUCUUCCAUUUUAGUUUCCACUCGAGAUGAGGAUGUUGCGGAAAUUGUGAGAACAUGCCAAACUUAUCAUUUGUCUGGUCUCCCAGAAAAUGAAUGUUGGUUGUUGUUCAAACAAUAUGCAUUUGAGCACAACAGAGAAGAACGCCCAGAACUUGUGGCAAUAGGUAAGGAGAUAGUAAAGAAAUGCGGUGGAUUGCCUCUUGCGGCACAAGCAUUGGGAGGUCUGAUGCGAUCUAGGAGGGGAGAAAAAGAAUGGCUUGAAGUAAAAGAGAGCAGAAUUUGGGAUUUAACACAUGAGAAUUCAAUCUUGCCUGUCUUGAGUUUGAGCUACUUUCAUUUAACUCCGACCUUAAAGCAGUGUUUUUCUUUUUGUGCAAUAUUUCCCAAAGAUAGCUUAAUCAUGAAAGAAGAACUGAUUCAUCUUUGGUUGGCUAAUGGAUUUAUUUCAUCUAGAGAAAAUUUGGAGGUCGAAGAUGUUGGCUGCAUGAUUUGGAAUGAAUUGUGUCAAAAAUCAUUCUUUCAAGACAUCAAGAUUGAUGCAUAUUCUGGAGACAUUUCAUUCAAGAUGCAUGAUCUUGUCCACGAUCUUGCUCAGUCGAUAAUGGGGGAAGAAUGUGUGAUUUUUGAGAAUGAAAAUGUGGCUAAUUUGUCAAAAAGUACACAUCAUAUUAGUUUUAGUUUUCGCUCUGCUCGCCAUUUAUCAGUCUAUGAGAAUUCUUUGAAAAAAGUAGAAUCCUUACGCACACUGUUUGAAUUGGAUCAUUGUUAUCUUGAACACACCAAUUACUUCCCAGCGAACUGUUCUCUUCGGGUUUUAUGCAUCUCCCCUUCCCAUGUAUCAUCACUCGGAAGCUUAAUUCAUUUGAGGUAUUUGGAAUUUUACGGUCUUGAAAUUAGCAACAUCCCUGACUCAAUUUACAACUUACGUAAAUUGGAAAUCUUGAAAUUAAAAAGUCUUGCAAAACUGAUAUGUCUACCGAAACGUUUGGCUUGUUUACAAUAUCUUAGGCAUCUUGUCGUUGAACGUUGUGAUUCACUUUCUCAAUUGUUUCCCGACGUUGGGAAAUUAACUUUCCUAAGAACAUUAAGUGUAUACAUGGUUCGUUUAAAGAGAGGACAAAGCUUGACAGAACUACGUGAUCUAAACCUCAGAGGAAAACUGAAAAUCAAAGGGUUAAAAGAUGUUGGUAGUUUAUCUGAUGCUCAAGAUGCCAAUUUGACAGCUAAAAAAGAACUCCAGGAAGUAUGCAUGUCAUGGAACAUCAAUGAUGAAAUCACCGAGAUCCCGAGUUUUAGUUCCGAGCAAGUACUAGAAGGGCUUCAACCUCACACAAAUCUCAAAAGCUUGAAGAUACGUUACUAUAACGGAUUAUGUUUCCCAAGUUGGAUCCAAACUCUAACUAGUUUAGUUUCUCUGGAACUUAAGGGUUGCAACAAGUGUGUGCGACUUUCACCACUUGGAAAACUACCAUCUCUUAAGAAACUCCGACUAUGUGAUAUGAAUAAUGUGAAAUUUGUGGAUGAUAAUGAUGAUGAUGGUGACGAAUCUCACGACAGUAUGGACUUGAAGAUUUUCCCAUCUCUUGAGGAACUCAUAUUAAAAAAAUUACCAGGACUGGAGAGGUUGUUGAAAGUGGAAAGAGGGGAGAUGUUUCCUUGUCUUUCUAUUUUAAAAAUUUCCUAUUGCUUUCAACUUAGAUGGCCAUGUCUUCCAUAUGUUAAAGACCUCGAAGUAUAUGGAUGCAACAAUGAGUCACUGAGUUCAAUCUCUAGCUUCUAUGGUCUUACUACCCUUUACCUUGCUGAAGGUCCAGGAAUAACAUCCUUUCCAGAGGGGAUGUUCAGAAAGCUUACUUGUCUUCAAACUCUAAUUGUAAAGUAUUUUGAGAACUUGAAGGAGUUACCAAAUGAACCCUUUAACCUUCCUUUGGAGCGUCUGUAUAUCAUUGAGUGCAAUGAGCUUGACUCUUUACCAGAAAAAUUUUGGGAAGGUCUGCAAUCCCUUCGAACUUUGACAAUUAGUAGUUGUAAAAAAUUGAGAUGCUUGCCGGAGGGUAUUCGACACCUCACUUCUCUAGAGGUUCUGAGUAUUUAUGGAUGUCCAACAUUAAAGGGGCGAUGCAAGAAGGAAACAGGGGAGGACUGGAACAAGAUAGCGCAUAUUCCAUAUAUAAGGUUUUCCAUUUUUUCUUAGUAUGAGUUAACUAUGACACUUUGUUGUUUUGUUUUCGUUCGAAAAUGUUUUGUUUGAGUGAUGUCAAAUGUUUGGAUAUAAGAAGGAUAUAUGAUUUGUUUGUUAUUAUAUCUUAAUUUUUUUCUUCAUAUUUUAAAACUUUGAUAGUAAUAUUUUAUUA